AAAACGUUUUUUUAUCGCAUGGAACGAACUCGAAGAGGGGCAGGGGUUUUCAGUUUCCGGUGGACCCUUUCGCGAUCUCUGGUGGCAUCUCGGCGUGCUCUUUUGAAGGACAAGAAAGCGCGGCCUGGACGGAAGGGUUCCGCAGCCUUUUCUACUGUGGACCAGCCCAGCCUUAGACAUAGGGCUUUUUGAAUAGUAAAAGGCCAUUUGCGUUCUUGGCCUUGCAAGAUAACGUGCCCCCUAAUGCUGUGAAAGCUCAGCCCAGGGCUAGGGAGAAAACGACUUGCUGGAUCGGGCCUCUGUUGCUUGUUCCGACUCUAGUCGCUACACACGGAAAGAACAGACUAGCGUGGUCCACGAUGCUCUUGACCAACCUGGACUGACGUGAAAGGAGGUGAAAUCUGUAUGCCUAUACUUACGGUCCCGUUUUGUACAGAAGACGAACUAAGGGACGGGCUGGCCGGUGAAGCUGUGCCAUAGAGGGGAAUCUGAUAGUUGCUUGCACCGUCUUCUUCUUUCCGACCUUGUCUUGUGUUCAAAACUAUCCUGCGUUUGAACACCGUUGGCCGCUUAUGCUGCGUGAAUAAACACGCAUUUUUCCUGGAAUGCAGACAAAGGAAAAACGCAGAGAAAAUGCCGCCAACCGGCCCCCUCGAUCUGGAGACUGCGGGGCAGCCAACCGCCGUCGAGCUUGAGGCCUUGCGACGUGUUUUCAACUGGAUAGAUUCAGACAAAGACGGGAAGCUAAGCCUGCAAGAAAUCAGCAAUGCUCUUGCCUCCCUCGGUCACAAAAUGCCCAAACAAGAGAUUGAGGUGAUCAUAUGGGAACUUGACGAGGAUCUAGACCAGCAUAUAAGCUGGGACGAAUUCCUCGUUAUGUAUCAAAGGAGUAUUAAUGAUCCCACAGGCCUGGAACCCCGUUCCUUCUUCAAUCUUGUUCAGUUUCUCAUGUACGACACAAACUUUACGGGAGAAAUUAGUGUCGAACAAACGCUCCAGAUUCUGUUCGUCCGCUUCGGAAGGGAACUGCUAGACCAGGAAAUCCAGGCGAUAUUUGGUGAAGAAGAGAAGGGCCACGGCGGAGAGGAAAAGAGGAUAACGCUUUCGGAAUACUUGGAGAGAGUCCAAGGACGCCUCAACAAGCAGCGCAGAAAUGAAAAAGCUGCUAGUGUUCGUUCAAGGUGAACGAAGUUAACAAACGACGCCCCGUGAUGAACCGUCGUGUGAAUCAAACGUAGGCACACCCCUCCCGUUCCACCAUCCACUACCUGUCGAGGCGAGGGGUCUCUGGGUACCUAAGCCCACGGAAAAAGCUCUAUUCAGUCAGAAGUCAAAAAAAGUGAAAAACAGGACACACACACGGAUGAUCGCUCACAAGGACACAACUAC